AUGCUGGUCGGACGAACUUGCCUCUGCAUCGCUCUCCUUCUCCUCACCUCAGCAGUCGCGAGUCGACCCUUUCUACAAAGCCUUUGGAGGAUCUGGAAAGUGGUCUACAAGAGGGCCUAUCCCACGUUGCAAGAGGAGCACCUACGAAUGCGCAUCUUCAGCUCCAAUUAUAUGUUCAUCCGAUGGCACAAUGAGCGCUAUUAUCUCGGACUGGAGACAUACUCCACCGCACUCAACGCCUUUGCUGAUCUCACAUUGAAGGAAUAUGCAGACAAGUACCUCACUCUCAACAAGGCCAUGCUGGAGACCUAUCUGUGGAACUACGCCCCGAGGAAUGAGUAUGUGGCGCAGCCUAGUCAACUACAUGAACCAGAUGCAGUUGAUUGGCGAAAGGAGGGCCUUGUGACACCUGUUAAGGAUCAGGGAGAGUGUGGUUCUUGUUGGGCCUUUUCUGCCACUGGUGCCUUGGAGGGUCAGUUGAUGAAGAAAAACGGGGAGCUUAUCAGUCUGUCCGAACAACAAUUGGUUGACUGUGGCGGCACCACAGGCAAUAUGGGAUGCAAUGGUGGUUGGCCGAACAGAGCCUUCCUUUACUGGAUGCGAAAUGGAGCGGAAAGUGAAAGCGAUUAUCCAUACACUGCCGAAGAUGGUGAAUGCCAAUUCAACCGCUCUAAAGUAGUAACAAAUGUGGCAUUCUAUGCCAACGUGCCGAGAAGGAGAGAAGACAAACUGAAACUGAGUGUUGCAAGCGUGGGUCCUGUGGCUGUUGCCAUCGACGCAAGUUCUCAAGGUUUCAUGUUCUACAAGAAGGGCGUCUUCCAAGACCUCACCUGCUCUGAGGAUGCAGUAAAUCACGCCGUACUGGUGGUUGGUUACGAUGCCAACUUCGCUAAACAAAAGUACUGGAUCGUAAAAAAUAGCUGGGGAGAGCGAUGGGGACAGAAGGGCUACAUUUGGAUGGCCAGAGACAUGGGCAAUAUGUGUGGAAUUGCCUCAUACGCUACCUACCCUCUACUCUCGCAUGCAUGA